AACUGCCCCGGAACCCACGGCGGCAGGCUUCUGGGGGUGGGGGGGCGUUAGGGGCUGUGGCGGUGCGCGGGGACCUGGCGCGGUGGCUACGGGACGGACGAGAAACUACUAAAGUUCCUGUGGAAGCGAAGUAGAAUUUUGUUACGAACAUAAUGGAUGGAGAAGAAAAAACUUACGGUGGCUGUGAAGGCCCAGAUGCCAUGUAUGUCAAGUUGAUAUCUUCAGAUGGUCAUGAAUUUAUUGUAAAAAGAGAACAUGCACUAACAUCGGGAACAAUAAAAGCCAUGUUGAGUGGCCCAGGUCAGUUUGCUGAGAAUGAAACUAAUGAAGUCAAUUUUAGAGAGAUCCCUUCACAUGUGCUAUCAAAAGUAUGCAUGUAUUUUACCUACAAGGUUCGCUACACUAACAGCUCCACAGAGAUUCCUGAAUUCCCAAUUGCACCUGAAAUUGCACUGGAACUGCUGAUGGCUGCGAACUUCCUAGAUUGUUAAAUAAAAUAAAUUAUAAUAAACUGUUAACUUUUUUCAGUAUUUAAUACUUGUAGUUCAGUUAGUAAUUUUUUCAUAUAUAGCAUGUUGCCUGUGUGCAAUUGAACUUUAAAGUUCAUUGCAAAGCAGAUUAUCUCCUGUUCUUUUGCAUAGCAACCAGAGUUGACGUUUGUUUGCUACAUCAACAAAUUAAGGACAUUUUCACAAAUUCAGAAAUAAACAAGUAUGCCAAUU